CAUGGAUUUCAAAUGAGCUUGUGCACCUUGACCUCCAUCUUCUACCGGAGAUUCAUACGUUUCACCAUCACAUGAGGUCUUCGCUGCUUAUUGCACCUGUACUGUCGUCACUGGAUCUCUCGAAUUCUUGUCCACGCGGACCGGCCUUGGAUAAUCUUCGCUUAUAAGCGAGCUUCUCGCCACCACGCCGCUCAACGAAAUGUGGUUCUUCACCUUUACCUCCUUUUUCCUCGCUGUCCAUCUAGCUUUGGCCCAGACUGUCUCGACUAACCUCUACUCCUCCUUGAUCCCUUCCAAGGUUCUGGCCACCGCCAACAAGCUGAACAAUAAAUUCCCCCAGUAUACCGACUCGACUGCAGGUGUCUGGCAAUUAUUCAGUGCUGACACGUGGACCUCUGGAUUCUUCCCAGCCACACUGUAUGCACUGGAGAAACGCAAGUCGCUGUGCGGGGAAACCUCUGCGAAUGGUCUAAGUGCGGCAGACUGGGCCGAUCUAGGCCGGCAGACGAGUGCUGGGUUAGCAGCCCUGACGACAAGUAACAGUGUCGGACACGACGUGGGGUUCUUGAGUUUCCCGUAUGUGGAUGAAUUGAGCAUCCACCCAACCAACGCGACUGCGGCUGCAAUUGUGAACGGUUUCGCGACAUAUCUAGCUGGAAGAUUUAAUCCUACUGUGGGGUGCACGAGGAGUUGGGAUUCGUCUAAUCCUACGGACUUCGUUGUGAUCAUUGACAAUAUGAUGAACCUUAAUGUCCUUAUGGUCUCUGCGCAACUAACCGGAAACUCCACGUUGAAGAAUAUUGCUACUUCGCACGCCAAUACAACCAUGAAAAACCAUAUACGAGAUGAUGGCUCAACAUGGCACGUAGUACAGUAUACCACCACAACGGGUGCCGUUACAGAUAAAAGGACGAGCCAAGGAUAUGCUGACAAUAGCACAUGGAGCCGAGGGCAAGCUUGGGCGGUAUAUGGAUAUGCAAACAUGUACAAUUGGACCGGGGACAACAAUUAUCUGGUGACAGCCCGGCGUGCAGCUACAUAUUUCCUCAAUACUCUUCCUUCCGAUGGAAUCGUACCAUGGGAUUUCAACGCACCAAUGGCGAAUCGCCCGGCGGAUUCCUCGGCGGCCACAAUCGUAGCAACUGGUCUUUUGUUACUCUCCAGGGUUGAAACCGACAUUAUAAGUAAGGCGAAAUGGUCUAAUGCUGCUAUUAAUAUUUUGAACACUAUCACGGCACUCGCAUGGGAUCCUUCCUGGGAAAGUCUACUGGCGAACGGGACGGUGAAUAAGCCCGCUAACAACUACUUGACUGGUACCGUUUACGGGGACUACUAUUACAUUGUUGCGGGCAAUGAACUCAUCUCCAUGGGCCUUGCAAAAUGCCAAUGAUCGGACACUCAACACAAUCUCUCUCUCCUAGUUUAAGUAUGUAAAGUAAAGUCACGGACAUCUCAUACACCUCGACUACCACCGCACGAAAAAUACAACUACCACUUAAUCAAAACA